AAAUGACCACCAGGUCGCCCCUGUGUCGCCAGGUCUUCCCUCUCUUCUUCUUUUAAAAAGAUUCUAAACUGCUGCCCAUAUUACGAGUUCUGUCUGGCCGGCCUUGUCAGACUAUUUCUCCGCAAUGAAAAUCCUCUGCAUCCACGGCACUGGAUCCAAUGGCACUAUUAUGCAGAUGCAAAUUGCGGCACUGCGAUAUGAACUGGAAGAUGGGCACGAGUAUGACUUUGUCGAGGCUGUAGCGCCGGCGCCGAUGUCUGAAGAUGUUGCAUCCUUAGCCUCGCCCGACCAAGACUUUUAUGCCUUCUACCAUCCUGUUACUUACGGCGGGUUGCGGCAGGCGAUUGAUCAUCUGGAUGCCUUUGUCACGGCCGAGGGCCCGUACGACGCUGUCAUGGGGUUCUCGGCAGGGUCGGUCCUUGCGGCUCUGUACCUGUUAGAGACGCAGCAAAAAGGGACAGGGAUGCGCGCGAUGCCCUUUAGAUAUGGCCUGUUUUUCUCCAGUGCCAAGAGCAAGGAAGCUAUGAGUUCUCUGGGGAUCGACCCCAACUCGGAAGCGAUUCAGAUUCCAACCAUUCACAUCUGGGGAGACAAGGAUGAGAUGGAGCCUACGGGCGGGAAGGAUCUCAGCCAAAUAUGUCUUGCGUCUAGAAGGACUAUUCUCGUGCACGAGGGAGGACACGAGUUUCCUCGAGACAUGUCCCUCACUAAGGCUGUUCACGCCAUCAGAAGGACGUUUAGCAACUAGAGGCAGGAAGGGACUAGAUCGAUGCUGACGGGCGGUUUGGCAUAUAACGUCGGUAUGCCUAGAGGUGAAUCUAUAUACAGUUGAAGGGUUGCCGUUGAGGAAGCCAGAGCUAUAUUACUUUUGCGCGGCACGCAUAGAUACCUACCUGACUCCUAGAUAAUAGGACUCACGUAGAAUUCGAGACACACGGAAACAUCAC